CAAAGGAUUCUGGUCCGCCACUGUCAUGGCUUCGCCUAUAAACAGAAACGCGUGAGUCGUAAGUUCAUAACAGAGCUAUAAUAGUAACAGUUUGUUGUAAUAUUUCGCCAGAUUAACUCCAGAUGCGAAGCGUAAAAAAACGGUCUUGUGAUUGACUACGGAGCUGCAGAUUUUACUUUGAAUGUGUGAAGCGUUUCGGUUAGCUCGCUAGCGGCUAGCCGCGGACAAAAAACACUGACAGCAGAGGUUGAUCAAAAAACAAAUAUAUGUUACAUUAAGGAAAAGAUGUCGGGGGGAAACAAAGCUAUUGAACUGCAGCUUCAAAUGCGCCAAAAUGCGGAGGAUUUGCACAGGUUUAUGAGGAGCCUGGACAGCUGGGAGAGCCGGGACAUAAAGAAGAAGGAGGAGGAGCUGAGGACAGUGAGGACGACUUCAGGAGGUCCAAGUGACUCACUUCUGCCACCUGUACUGUAAAAACCUCCCCCUGUGCGGAACAAGGAUUACAGGUCAAAGAUGAGGAGCAGAGAAAAGAAGAAGAAGAAGGCGAAAGAAGGACUGACACAAGCAUCAGAGUCCAGACAGACAUCGAGGCUAAAAGCGUGCGAUUAUCGAUCGUGGGACACGUUUGAUGUGGUACCAUUACUAACCAAAAGGGAUAAAGAGGAAAAGCCCUCCGUAAAUCAAAUGACUCAGAUUCAGGAGAUAGCAGUUGAUCGAGAUAAAGCGCUGGCAGAGAAGGAAAAGGGUAACACAUUUUUCAAAGAAGGGAAGUACAAUGAUGCCAUUGAAUGCUACACCAGAGGGAUGAGUGCGGAUCCUUACAACCCUGUGCUCCCCACAAACCGAGCCACCUGCUUCUUCAGACUCAAAAAGUACGCUGUGGCAGAGUCUGACUGCAACCUGGCAAUCGCUCUGGACAGCAAUUACUUUAAAGCUUAUGCACGAAGAGGCGCAGCACGAGCCGCACUGAAGAAAUAUGAAUCUGCUUAGAAGGUUAACAAAUACAAGAUGGUUCUCAAGCUUGACCCAAGUAACCUGGAAGCACAGAAUGAAGUGGUGAAAAUCAAAGAGGCCCUCGGACAUGAGACAAAACGCUGUUGUAAGUGAAGCCACACAGCCAGAGGAGGGCGCGCCUGCGACGUUGAGAAGCAGGGAAUAAUUGAGGAGCAACAGAGAAGACAGGAGGCGGUUGUGCAGAAAGACAGAGGGAAUGCUUAUUUCAAAGAGGGGAAGUACGAAGCAGCUGCAGAGUGUUACAGCAGAGGCAUGGAGGCAGACUGCUUCAAUGUCCUUCUGCCCGCCAACAGAGCCAUGGCUUUCCUCAAACUGGAGAAGUAUAAGGAGGCAGAAGACGACUGCACACAAGCCAUUUCUCUUGACAGAACUUACUCCAAAGCUUUUGCCCGCCGUGCCACCGCCAGAGUCGCGUUAGGCAAACUGGAGGACGCCAAACAAGAUUUUCAGGAGGUGUUGAAAUUGGAACCAGGAAACAAGCAGGCACUGAAUGAGCUCCAGAAACUCCAGAAUGUCGUGGUUUGUAAUGAUGUUCUCCAAACACCAGGCAGCACACAAAGAAGAACAGUCCAGCCAGUUAACAAAUCAGAACAUCUGCGCUCAACUAAACCACUGAGGAGGAUAGAAAUCGAGGAAGUCAGCGGAAAGGUGACUGUGCCGGAGGCGGAGUCAAGUGGGUCUACACCCUUCAUCCAAGAAGUGCCGAAGGAGGCUGAGAACGAAUCCUCUCCGCUGUCCACAUCACCCAGCGCCAAGAUGAUCAAGAUCGAGGAGAUCGAAGACCUCCCUUCACUCUUACCUAACCAGAGCUUUAAACAUGAUCGUGAUGCUCCAAAUGGACAUCCAAAACAACAAGCGCAAGAGAACAAUGGCGGUCCUGAGCGAUCAGCCACCCCCUCGGGAGAAAAUAAGGUCCUUCCUCCUCCACCUGUCAACAGCUUCCAGCUGGAGGCCGACCUGCACAAGAUCGGAAACCAGCCGGAAAUGAUUUAUCGAUACCUAAAGCAAAUCGAGCCUGCAGCGUACCUCAAGAUAUUCUGCAACUCCCUUGAACCUGACAUUCUGAAUCAGAUUGUGAGGACGCUGCACCGUUUCUAUAUCAAGAAUGAAGAACCGGCACUUACACUUAAAGUUCUUGAGAACCUUUCAGGCCUGAGGCGCUUUAACAUGGCCAUCAUGUUCAUGUCAUCUUCAGAUAAGAAAGUACUUCAAGAAGUCUUUCAGUUCCUUCACCACUCUGGAGUAGAUGGAUCAUCCCUUACAGCCUUGCAGAAGAAGUACAGCCUGUGACUCCAAGAUCAAAGGCAAAUAAUGCAAGUUUGACUGACUUAUCUGGAACAUCCCCCCCAAGUGCUCAACUGGAUUUCAAACCAAAUAAAGAAUGUAGUUAUAUUAUCAACACA